UAUACGUAUAUUAUAGAAUUUUUGGGAGUAUUCCUUUAAUCGCCUAGAAAACGUAGAAUUUUUAUCGUAAUUGAAAGUUACAUUUACAUAUUUUUAUAGAAUACCCAACCGCUAAAAUGAAGAGGACUUUAUGGAAAUUCAACACAAUCGCUGUUCACUUCAUUACCGUAAUUUGGAUCGCACUUUUGUACGCGGUUGCGGUAACAGUCAUGUUUUCCGUUGUUCCGGCAAGACAACAGUAUUUUUAUUCUCUCAUUCACUCCUCCAAACCGAACAAGAUGGACGUCAUUUUCCUAGCGUUUCUCAUUUUCGAAGCAUACGCAAAGACUUCUCAGGUAUUGAUGAUGGCGACGGAUGUAUUCUCAAUCUUGCCCACUCUGCUUCCUACAGCCUUCUGGAUGGAAUAUUUUCGGAGAAUUGAUCGGAAAACGACCCCGUUUUCUGAGAAGAUCUCACUAUCUCAAAAAUUCCACGUGCUAAUUACCUACUAUAACCACGUCUUCGUCUCACUCCUCCCUCCCAUGUUGUCCGUCUUGAUCCCUACCGCCAUGUGCGUCACGUGUUCCUUUGCCGCGAUCCGAUUUAAAAGUUUCCUCCCAAUUUUUGAGUAUAUCCCGUUCCCAAUUAUGUUCAACAAUGAAUUGAUCGUCAUUGUCGUGACGCUGCUUCCUGCCACUACAAUUUACGAAGUAUCGGACAAACUAUGGCGGCAUAUUCGCAACGAAGUUAACGCGAGAAGUGGAAAAGUUUCGAGAAAACGUUUAGCCGCCCUGCAUGCUUUUGGUGUAAAGAUGGGUUCAAUUCGUAAAGUGCGAAACAUUGCAAUUCUGAUGUGUUAUAAUUUUAUAGCGAAUAAUAUUUUUACCCUAUUGAUAACAUUUCCCCAGGAGAAAGUUACUCGGUAG